CAAAGGCUGAGGUUCCUGUUACCCAGCAGCCUCACGUACUAAUACCAACACCUGCAAGAGGGGCUGUGAAUCUUGGAGCUUUCAGCUAUUCUUCCCGUUUCCACCAGCCCCCUUCUUCAAUACUCAGAGGUGCUCAGAAUGCCAUGAUCAAAAUAGAAAGAUUGUGGAGACAUCUGAGGCUUAAUGGGGACUUUCCAACAUUCCAGACUGCUGCCCUGCAAUGAAGCUCUGAGUCACGGUCUUUGGGACUAAGGUACUGGCAGCAGUGUGAACCCCAGGACAGCCAACCUCGCUAACCUUCACUCUAAGCAAAAGCCCAAAAUGAGUCUGACCUGAAGUCAGAGCAGGCGCUGGAGAAAGACUUCUUUGUUAAUGGAAAGAGGAAAGGAGAAAAGGGUUUCCAAUAAAUUGCAACAAACUUUUCACCAUUCUAAAGAACCCACCUUCCUUAUCAACCAAGCUGUUCUAUCCAGUGAGUCCUAUUCUAGCCUUUUGCCAGAAACAGAGUGUGCCAAUCCUGGUGAAAAAAUAAAGAAGAACACUCAGAAAAAUAGACCUGGGACUGUUAUACUAUCAAAACUGGCAAGUAGGAGAAUUAUGUCGGGAAGCCAGCUUAGCCCCCCUGUGAUCCCGUCCCGCAGGCCUGGAUUCCGAGUGUGCUAUAUCUGUGGCCGAGAGUUUGGUUCCCAGUCACUUGCCAUUCAUGAGCCCCAGUGCUUGGAGAAGUGGCGUAUUGAAAACAGCAAGUUGCCCAAGCACCUGAGGAGGCCAGAACCCUCCAAACCACAGCCGCUCAGUGGCAGUGGGUCCUCCAGUCUCCAGGCAGCUAAUGAGGCUGCAUUUCUGAGUGCCCAGGCCCAGCUUCUGCCCUGUGACUCCUGCAGCCGCACAUUCUUGCCAGAUCGUCUUCUUGUUCACCAGAGAAGCUGCAAGCCAAGGGGUGAGGAUCCCAGAGCACCAAACCCCAACAGGUCUGACGGUCUUGCUGGUCUCAAGAAAGUUCCCAGUGGAAUCUCAGCCCGACCAAGGACUCUUAUCUGCUACAUUUGCGGUAGGGAAUUUGGCACCCUGUCUCUUCCGAUUCAUGAGCCCAAAUGCCUGGAGAAGUGGAAAAUAGAAAAUGACCGGCUCCCCAGAGAGCUCCGCCGGCCACUCCCACAGAAGCCUCAGCCCCUUCCAACUGGACAGUUGAGCCAAGAGGGAGCGAGUCAAGUUCAGCUUGUACCCUGCCCGAAUUGCGGCCGGACCUUCGCCCCAGACCGCCUCCUGGGACAUCAGAGAAGUUGUAAAGCUCAACCUCGUGGGCCAAAAGAUCAGAAUUUGACCUUAGGGAGUAAAGGUGGUCUAAAGGAGCCCAGUAAUCCCAAGCAGCAAAGGACCAUGGCAGAACCCAGUGUAACUGAUAAGGUAAUUCAUGCCACAUGAGACGCAUUCGGUGGACCUGCUGGUACCUCCUGCCUCCAGGGAGUGAGAGAAAACUGUCCCCAUAAUCAGCCGCCUCAGUCCCUAGGAUCUUUUCUUUCAAUGCCCUAUUUCUGCCUCAGUGUAGCUUGUGCAGGUUGACUCCCUGUCGGACUCUAGGAGCCAUAGCUCUCUUGGCAAAGUAGAUAUAAGAACAACUUUGCCUGAUGGGUUCAUGUUCCUCUUCAAUUCUGCUGCCUAAAAGAAAGAGAGAUGAGCUUCUUUUUUCCCUGAUCCUUCAUACCAGUAAUCCCUGGGAGAGACUGUAAUUUGAAAAUGAGUCAUUAAAGCUGUGUCUGCAUUACAGAGAUAUAAUUCCCAUUCCAACAGCCAAUAUUUAUUGCUGGUUUAUUUUAGUCAUCUACCUUAGGAAUUCAUUUUUGGCAAUGCUGGGUCAUGCUGAGUUUAUCUUACUAAAAUAGAAUCUGUGUCAAAGACCCCAAAUGACUUUAGCAACAGUUAAAUACUGGAGCACUU